GACCAAGGAGUGUACUAAAACGCACGUCUGUACUUCCAUGUGCUUCUUUUACUGCACAUCUCACAAACGCAGGGUUCUGCUGCCACCGUGUGACUCCCACGCAGGGCCUUGCAGGGGAGUACAAAGAAGGGGCGUGGCAGCGUCGGCGGGAAGGCUGCUGCAGACCUCGGCGUGAGCCCUCACAGCGCCCAGAGGACGACACAUCCCGACGCGGGAGCCUGGACUCUUCCUGCAAGGUCACUCAUGAAGGCAGAAGAAGUGAAAGUCAUCCGGUACAUCGCAGAGAUGGAUGGAGAGGACAUCACCCCGAAGCAGGAUGGGGGGGUUUUGAAGCGGAUGUCACCGCCGAUGUCAUCUGUCCUUACACAUCCUCUGCAGCUCAUAAAGAAGGAGGGUUCCGGAACAGAGCUGCCCAUGACUGGAGACAAGGUCUACAUACACUAUACUGGCACCUUAUUAGACGGCACCGAGUUUGAGUCCAGCCGCGGUCGGGAGAUGAAGUUCUGUUUCGAGCUCGGGAAAGGUGAGGUCAUCAAGGCCUGGGAUUUGGGAGUUGCCACCAUGAAAGCUGAAGAGGUGAGCCGGUUCAUCUGUAAGCCUGAGUACGCGUACGGACAGUCCGGCAGCCCACCCAAAGUCCCACCCAGCGCUACCCUGGUGUUUGAGGUGGAACUCUUUAAGUUCCAUGGGGAGGACGUCACCGAAGACAAGGACGGCGGCGUCAUCCGCAGGAUAGUCACCAAGGGCGGUGGACACUGCAAGCCCACCGAAGGAACAACUGUACAAGGGAGAAGAUUCAGUCUUUGCAGAGGCCGAGUCGGAUUUGAACCCCCAUGUGAAUGCACUGCCCAGGAGAGAGAGGCACCAGUGACGGUGGAGGGAAUGUUUGGCGGCGGCGCCUUCGACCGCAGAGAGCUCAGCUUCGUCAUUGGAUACGGAGAGAGCCUCGGGCUUCCUGCGGGGGUGGAGACAGCCAUCAUGUCCAUGGAGGAGGGAGAGGAGUCCGUCUUCACGCUCACGCCAAAGUACGGGUUUGGAAAAGCGGGAAAUGCCGAGUUCCACGUUCCUCCCGACGCAGCUCUGCAGUACAGAAUCAAGCUGUCGGAAUUCGAGAAGGCCCGAGAGUCCUGGCAAAUGAACAUGGCUGAGAAGCUGGAAGAGAGCAGCGCUGCCAAGGAGAAAGGAGCUCGGUUCUUUAAAGAAGGCAAGUACAGGCUGGCAGUUGUGCAGUACAAGAGGAUCCUGGCGUGGUUGGCACACGAGUCGGACCGAUCGGAGCCGCACGGCAAGGAGGUCCGCGCCCUGCGGCUGGCGGUCCGCCUCAACUUGGCCGUCUGCUACUUGAAGAUGCAGGAGCCGGCGCAGGCUGCAGAGAACUGUAACACGGUGCUCUGGUUUCCUCCAAUUCUCCAAAGACAGGAAUUUCAGGCGUUGGAACUGGACGACUGCAAUGAGAAGGCGCUCUUCCGGCGUGCACAGGCUUGCUUCGCCAUGGGGGAGUUUGAGCGAGCGCUGAACGACUUCCAGCGGCUCCUCCAGCUGUACCCCGAGAACAGGGCGGCCAGGGCGCAAGUGGCGCUGUGCCAGAGGAGAGUCAAAGAGCAGCACGAGAAGGACAAGAGGCUCUAUGCCAGCUUGUUCCGAAAAUGUUCAGACAGGGACAUCAAGAAGGAGGGUCUGAAGGAUGAGAAGGAGGAAGAGGAGGCGAGCCGCGCAACGGAUGUGGAGAAUGGAGGCCGGGACCAAAAGGCAGCUUAAGACCACUGUUUCCCUUUCUUCUUGUUGUCUCGUUGCUUUGUUGCGCUGUCUUGCUGAACACUUUCCUGCUAACAGUGUGUUGAACACGUGCCAGAGUGCGGGUGCAUGCACCCCCCCUGGAACUCAUCUACCAUUCGUGCAUCCAAACCUGUCAUUGGUUAGAUAGUGUUACUGCUCUACAGCUUUUCUCACCAUUGAGCUUUAGUGGCUUCUGCCUUAGUGUCCGAAAUGUGCCGUUGCUACCCGGGGUGGGGGGGGUGUUCUCGUUCCAAAGCAUGGGAGUGAAGAAAACGCAGAGGUGACAUGACACAAGGGCUAUUCCAUCGUUCUCAGUUACUGCAGACUGGACCAAAUAUUCAAAAUGAUGACCUCUCGUGACACCGCGGAGGGGAUCCCAGACCGGGGAUCUGUCCCAAGUUCUCAGCACCUUCUUCAGAAAGCAGGAAACCAAAGAGGAGCUUGAUUGUAGCGCUGCAGACUUGAGAGGCAGGUGUGAACGUAAUCUCACUUUUACCACAGAUGUUUUAGCACUUUAUGUAUUUAUGCAACAAUACAUGCAGCUAUAACCUUGACUAUAAAAAACUUCUCUUACAGAAUGUAAGGUUUGUAAAAAAUGCAGUAUUUGAGUAAUUCCUAUCUUACUACUAACUGAGACUAAACAAUGUAACAUUUUUUAUGGUAAAUGUUUCAACUAGAAGGCCAUUUGUGACUCAGCGUUGGGGGCCCUUGGAUACUCAGCGACAGGCGCUGUGCUUCAGCUCACUUGUUUCUUUUAUCGUGUUGCUGUGAUUUUGGCCGGGCUUCAGCAGCAUGGCUGACUGGUUCCCUGUGGAUGUCUUUGUUGUGAUACAAGGGGACGCUGUGGAUCCACCAAAGGAAAUAAAUCACACUCCUCAACUUAUGGUUGUGAUUAU